UUUAUGCACUUUUAAACGUCAUUUUAGUUUUAAUAUUGAGUAGCGUGUCGAGAUCGUGAAAAUCUGGUUGUGCCAGUGCAAAAGAGAAUAAAAUACGUUGGCAACAGUUUGUUGACAUUAUCACCACGAAGAAGCUAUAAAAUUUAAUUGGUUGUUGUUGUUAUUGUGGGCUUGGGUGAAGAUAUUUUUUUUGUGGUUUUGAAAUGUGUUUUUGAAUAAAAUUCUAAUUGAUUUAUAUCAGACUCUGACGGUUGAAUAUUGCGUUGCAAACAUUUUGUUAUGAUCGGAUUUUCACUUAAUUAGUAAAAUCAAAUAACCGAAGAGUUUUUGAUUUUUGACAAAAAUCAUGAAACGGUUCAUUCCAUUGAUAGUGUCGCUGAUGGUUGCUAGCGCGUCUGCAGCGACCUGCUCCCGUUAUGAAUGGAAAUGUGCAGAUGGCCGUCAAUGCAUCAAAACCGACGAACUUUGCGACGGACAAACAAAUUGUGAUGACAAUUCCGAUGAGACGGCCCAAGCAUGCAUAGGCAUUCGUUGCCCAAGCUAUGCGUUCAGGUGUGCGUAUGGAGCGUGUGUGGACAGUGACAGCGAAUGUAAUGGAGUCAAAGAUUGUGCCGAUAAUUCGGAUGAGCUUUCACUGAAAUGUCCGGGAGUUUUGGAAAGUUAUGAUUUGAAAGGUGACUGCAAGGUCGGCAAUUUCAAAUGUAAAACAAGUGGCGAAUGCAUUCCGGAUGAUAAAGUGUGUGACGGUAGAGAGGACUGCACAGAUAGGAGUGAUGAAACGGUGGAACGUUGCUCAGCCUAUUAUUGUCCUUCGUACGGUUUUCGUUGCGGAUACGGAGGAUGCAUAGAUGGAGCUAGUAAAUGCGAUGGAACAGUUGAUUGUGCGGAUAAUUCCGAUGAAAGUUCGACUCUGUGUGGAUAUUCCACGUCUGUUCCCCCAACGAGUAGACCAACAAGCCGGCCCGCCACUACAGCUCGUCCGGCAGAUGAAGGAUUUUGCUCCAUUCCGGACGACCUUCCAAGCAAUGUACAAGCUUUUUACGAAGCUGAUCAAACGCAUGAACUCCCCAAAGGCUCGUCUGCUGCCCCAUUCAGCAACAUAGUUUAUAAAUGCAAAUCAAAGUACGUACUGCAAGGCAGUACCAACAACUUUUGCUUAAAUGGCCAGUGGAGCAAUAAUCACCCGGAGUGUCGAAAAUACUGUUCACCUUUGCCAUUGUCGGGGGUUACUAUCAAAGCGUCGUGUGAAAUUUUCGGCGAGACCAUUUCAUGUCAACAACAACAUCGGCCUCAGACUAUAGCCCGUAUAACCUGUGCAGUUGGCUAUCGCAAACCCGUUGAUCGAACUGUUAUUGAUGUGCUUCGUUGUGACGACGAAGGAGAAUGGGACUAUCAUGCAUUCCGGUGUGAACAGAUAUGUGGACUAGAAGCGCCAGAAGUGGUUCCAUAUAUUGUCGGUGGUGAAAGAGUAAACAUUACUAAAGUUCCAUGGCACACUGGAAUCUUCACAGAUAUUUCCAGCAGAUCGACUUUCAGUCAAAUCUGUGGCGGCACAAUAAUCAACGCAAAAUUGGUAAUCAGUGCAGCACAUUGCUUUUGGGACGCAAUGGAGAAUCGUCUCUACGAGGCAUCGAAUUUCAAAGUUGGCGCUGGAAAGUAUUAUCGUGAUUUCUAUGCCACUGAGCCGACGAAGCCACAACUGAUCGAUGUCGCUCAGAUUAUCGCUAAACAGGAAUACAAUGACUAUGCCGGUUAUUAUGCUCUCGACAUCGCCCUUCUGAUAUUGGUCGAUCACUUUGAAUUCAAUUCGUACAUCAAACCGAUAUGUUUGGAGACGAAUCUAAAUUUCAACGAAAAAUCUGUGCAGCCUGGCCUGGUUGGAAAAGUGGCCGGCUGGGGACUGGAAGAGUCGGGCGGAAAAAGUAGUCCUGAACUGAAAUACAUUGACCUGCCGGCAAUUGAAUACAAUGAAUGUAAACAGAAAUUGUCGGCUGAAUUACAAUUAUUUAUAACGGGCGAUAAAUUUUGCGCUGGCUACACUACAGGACAAGCGGUUUGUCGCGGUGAUAGUGGCGGAGGUCUCGUUUUCCCGAAGGAAGUCGGCAGCAGCACAGUGUACUUUUUAAGAGGAAUAGUCAGCACUGGCGGAAAUAAGGGAGGUAGUUGUGAUAAUGACAAAUACACAUUGUUUACGAAUGUUCAGUACCACAUCGAAAUGGUGCAGUACUAUGAGACUCAAAAUAGGCCGAAAUAAAUUAUUUAAACGAUCGAA